AUAGUGUAGUACGAGUUAAUAUCUCUUCAUCCAAUUGUUGAAGUAUUAAAGUAAAAUCGAAGUGUUUUAUCCACCAGAGUUAGGAAAUUUCUGAAAAUCGCACCCAGUGCGUGAGAUCAACCAACAAUCGAUUCUCCCGACCCACUGACUCGUCAACUAAUCGAUGUCGGGCGUAAUCGGGUGUAAUUCUGGAGCGUGACUUUCAAAUUUUACUUGGAAGUGAUUUUUGAUAGGAACUGAUGGCGUAAUCACUCUCAGAAAUCGUGGCUCGAUAGUUAACGGUGAGAUAAUUGAAAGUUAACGCUGACCUCGCUGGUUCGCCGAUUGGCUCUUACGCGGUGGUCUGACUGAAUUACUGACUCGGCUCUGGCCCGAUCCGCUCAUAAACCAAGACGUCCUUUGCCCGACGGACGCUCGUCGUAUACGCCACUUGUUGCUAGUUACACACUUGCUUCGGCGGAGGUUUAACCUGUUUCGUGCUCUCUACAGAAAAAUCACCAUCAUGACAGAGCCGUAAGUAACGAUUAAUACUUGCUACUGCAGUGUCGCUGAUAUUGCCCUUAUCGGUCUUGCCGUUAUGGGACAAAACCUGAUCCUGAACAUGAACGACCAUGGGUUUGUCGUUUGCGCUUACAAUCGUACGACAGAUAAGGUGAAAUCGUUCUUAGAAAAUGAAGCCAAAGGCACCAAAGUAGUGGGUGCCUUUAGCUUGGAGGAAAUGGUUUCCAAGCUAAAAUUGCCACGUCGUAUUAUGUUGUUAGUCAAAGCUGGUCCAGCUGUCGAUGGAUUUAUAGAUAAACUGGUACCACUUUUGUCAUUGGGAGACAUCAUUAUUGACGGUGGUAAUUCUGAAUACCAAGAUACUCAAAGGCGUACGGAGGAACUGGAGAAGAAGGGGAUCCUCUUCGUUGGCAGUGGCGUUAGUGGAGGAGAGGAUGGGGCCAGGUAUGGGCCAUCCCUCAUGCCAGGUGGCAAUCCCAAAGCAUGGCCUCAUAUCAAGCCUAUUUUCCAGUCGAUCUGCGCCAAGAGUAACGGUGAGCCAUGUUGUGAUUGGGUCGGAGAGACAGGGGCUGGACACUUUGUGAAAAUGGUUCACAACGGUAUAGAGUACGGAGACAUGCAACUGAUCUGCGAAGCUUAUCACAUCAUGAGAAACGGGCUUGGUCUGAACCCACAGGAAAUGAGUGACGUUUUUGGCGAGUGGAACAAGGGGGUGCUUGAUUCUUUCCUAAUUGAAAUUACCCGAGAUAUCUUGAAGUACAAGGAUGGGAAGGGCUAUCUUCUGGAAAGAAUCAGAGACACAGCUGGGCAGAAAGGUACAGGAAAGUGGACGGCUAUCGCUGCCUUGGAUUACGGAAUUCCUGUCACGCUAAUUGGAGAAUCAGUGUUUGCAAGGUGUCUCUCCUCGCUCCAAGGUGAGAGGAUUGAAGCUAGCACCGUUUUGGAGGGUCCAAACGCUGUUUACCAAGGAGAUAAAAAGCAAUUCCUCGAACAUCUUCGGAAAGCGCUGUAUGCUUCGAAAAUCAUUUCGUAUGCUCAAGGAUUCAUGCUGCUAAGAGAAGCUGCUAAAAUUCACAACUGGAAUUUGAAUUAUGGUGGAAUUGCGCUCAUGUGGAGAGGUGGAUGUAUCAUCAGAAGCGCCUUUUUGGGAAACAUCAAGCAAGCCUUCGACAAGAAUUCAAAGCUGACCAAUCUGUUGCUUGAUGAUUUCUUCGCGAAAGCAAUGAAGGAGUGCCAGGCGAGUGCUAGAGUGACGGUGGCAACAGCUGUAACUCUUGGAAUACCGACUCCUGCUCUGUCGACUGCCUUAGCAUUUUACGAUGGGUUUAGAACAGCGCGUCUUCCUGCAAACUUACUGCAGGCUCAGCGUGAUUACUUUGGAGCCCACACUUAUGAGUUACUUGGCGCAGAAGGAAAAUUUGUUCAUACUAACUGGACAGGCCACGGAGGCAAUGUAUCUGCGUCUACCUAUGACGCGUAAAUAACGAGUUAUGUACAGCGCUGGUAGUUGUUCAUACCAAAAGAGAAAGGGCUCUCCGUCAUACAAGACAAUUACCGGUUAGCUUUUAUUCUCCCUGUCAUUUUACGGAUGCGGGUUUGUCACCAGUUACGAUUGCUGAAAUGAGGUGGUUUUAUUUUUCUGCAAUCGUUUUAGGAUACAAAUUUCUAUUUUUUUUUUUCGUCGUAAAUCAAAUCAAGUGCACUUUGUAUGAAAUUUAGAUUGUAACAGGUACAUUUAGGGCAGUUGGAGUAAUAAAUAAUCGGCAUAGCAAAUAUUUAUACGGUAUCGUUUAUUACUCUUAAGACUGUUGCAACAUUCCGAAUACAUUACGAAUUCAUAUUAUAGUUGUUUCAUAAGUUUGUACAUUUCGCGAUAGUCAUUUAAAUUAUAAUAUUGUAACAAAAUAGAUUAAUGUAUGAAACAUUUGUUUGCAAUAUAAUUUUAGUACGAAGAUCAGUUAAAGUCAAUCAGAUCAGCGUGUGGAAGCGAAGAAAGUGAAAAUUUUUAUCGAAACGUUGUUCAACUGAAUAAAACUGUUUUAUUCUUGCUA